GGGCCGUUCAUCUUCCCCGUCCGUUAUAAUCUGUACAAGAGUUGUAACAAGCUUAAGGUAGUAGUCAUAUCUGUCCGCAAUGGCGGGUAUGGACGGAUUCGGGUUUGACGCUCACACCGGAAACGGGAGUAGUUCCGAGACUCCGGUUGUGAACGUUUCGGCUGGAUUGGGUGGCUCUGUUGGGCAGACCACUCCGAUCAACAUUCCUUUUGGAUCGAGUGCGGCCAUGGGGUCCACUCCGAUCACCACCUUCGUUGGAUCGAGCGCGACUAUGGGGUCCGCUCCAGUCACCUCGGUUAUUGGACCAACCGCGGCUACGGCCGCAAUGGUCACCCCACUCGGACCGAAUAUGGCUUCGGCCAUACCGGUCAUUCCCUCACUUGGACCGAACACUUGUGUCUUCACAUCCGCACCGGUCGGACAUCCUACUGUCAUGCUGCCUGCGAACUCUGUCAAAGAACCGGCAAAGUUCACGGGUGUUGGCUUUAAAAUAUGGCAGCAAAGGAUGUUAUUUUGGCUGACCACCCUCAACCUUGCGAGGUACUUGAGGGAGGAUCCCCCUGUUGUGGGGGAGAACGCGGACGAGCCAACAGUUCAGGCUAAAGAGGCAUGGAUAGCGAAUAACUAUACGUGCCUUAACCUUAUCCUGAAUUGCUUGAGCGAUGCCUUAUAUGCUGUUUAUAGCAGGGCUGCAUCCGCAAAGGAGUUAUGGACUACACUGUCCAACAAAUACCAGGCCGAGGACGCCGGUGCGAAGAAAUUCGUUGUUGAACAGUUGCUUGUUCGUCUUCGGAUCCGUGAAGAGGGUCUCACUCGCGAAAAGAAAGUAGUUGUUGCUAAGGCCAAUGUGGUGGAGCAUCCAUCCAAAGAGGGUUCUUCCAAAGGGCCCAAGCCGAAUAAGGACAAGAAGAAAAUUGGUCCUAAAGGAGGCGUCGCGAAGCCCAAGUUCGCGGGGAAAUGCUACAACUGUGGCAUUACGGGCGACCGUUCUUCAGAGUGCCGCAAGAAGCCUCAGAAGAAGAAGCAGAAGAAGGAAGAAGCUCUCUGCUCGGAGCUAGAUGCUAUGGACCUUUAUGCUGUCGUGACAGAGGUCAACCAGGUAGGCAAGAGAACCAUGGAGCCUGACCCGGAUGACUGGGUGAUAGGAGCUGCGGAUGAACGACAUCGCAAAACUCUAGCCGUACUCCGAGUUCAGCCUACAUUGUUGCAUGAGAUCGUGACGGCGCAGAGCAGCGACGAUUUCUGCAGGCAGACCUGUGAGCUCGCCUCUCGGGGCGAGAAACCUGACUUCUCUGUCCGUGAGGAUGGUGUCUUGUUGUAUCGGGCACGUGUGGUAGUGCCAGUGGGGGAGGACUACGACUGUCAUAUCGCUUAUCACCCUGGUAAGGCGAAUGUGGUGGCUGAUGCUCUUAGUCGCAAAACUCUAGCCGUACUCCGAGUUCAGCCUACAUUGUUGCAUGAGAUCGUGACGGCGCAGAGCAGCGACGAUUUCUGCAGGCAGACCUGUGAGCUCGCCUCUCGGGGCGAGAAACCUGACUUCUCUGUCCGUGAGGAUGGUGUCUUGUUGUAUCGGGCACGUGUGGUAGUGCCAGUGGGGGAGGUAAGGGAACGUCUCCUCCGUGAAGCACAUGGCCCAUACCCAAUCACUGAACGUGUGGGACCUGUAGCCUACAGGCUCGAAUUACCAUCUGAGUUGAGCAGGAUUCAUAAUGUAUUCCACGUGUCUAUGCUCCGAAGGUACCGGUCAGACCCUUCACACAUGAUCCCAGCGGAUACGGUCACUCUCGACGAGAACCUUACAUAUGAGGAGGAGCCGGUUGAGAUUUUGGCUCGGGAGAUCCGUCAGUUGAGGAACAAAACCAUUCCGUUGGUCAAGGUUCUGUGGAGAAGUCACACCGUUGAGGAGGCGACGUGGGAAACGGAGGAAUCCAUGCGCACCCGUUAUCCCCAUCUUUUCAGUGACCAGUGAUCAGGUAGGCAAGAGAACCAUGGUGCCUGACCCGGAUGACUGGGUGAUAGGAGCGGCGGAUGAACGACAGUGCGGGCCAGAUGAAUUACUUAUUUUAUGAAAACGUUUUGGGCAUGAACCCACCUUUUGUCGCAUUUACGUUAUUUAUGACCUAACUGUUUUACUUACAUUUACUUCCGCUAUAAACUUCUUUUAAGUGAAUCCAUCCUCAUCAUUUAAUAAAGCAUGUCAAGGGUU